AUGGAGCUUAUUCCGGGGAGUGGAGAAGGUGAAGAUGUUGAUCUCCCACAGCGCUGUCAGUCUCUCUCUCCUCAGUCUCCACUCGACAGUCCACAGUCUCACCACGACAGUCCACAGUCUCACACCCACGACAGUCCACAGUCUCACAUAUCACAGUCUCUCACACUUAUCAGUCCACAGUCUCACACUUAUGACAGUCCACAGUCUCACACCCGACGUCUCUCCACACUUAUGACAGUCCACAUCCACAGUCUCACACCCGACAGUCCACAGCCUCACACUUACGACAGUCCACAGCCUCACACUUACGACAGUCCACAGCCUCACACUUACGACAGUCCACAGCCUCACACUUACGACAGUCCACAGUCUCACACUUACGACAGUCCACAGCCUCACACUUACGACAGUCCACAGCCUCACACUUACGACAGUCCACAGCCUCACACUUACGACAGUCCACAGCCUCACACUUACGACAGUCCACAGUCUCACACUUAUGACAGUCCACAGUCUCACACUUACGACAGUCCACAGUCUCAUACUUACGACAGUCCUGAUCUCACACUUACAACGCAGUUCCACAGUCUCACACUUGACAGUCCACAGUCUCCCACUUACGACAGUCCACAGUCUCACACUUACGACAGUCCACAGCCUCACACUUACGACAGUCCACAGCCUCACACUUACGACAGUCCACAGCCUCACACUUACGACAGUCCACAGUCUCACACUUACGACAGUCCACAGCCUCACACUUACGACAGUCCACAGCCUCACACUUACGACAGUCCACAGCCUCACACUUACGACAGUCCACAGCCUCACACUUACGACAGUCCACAGUCUCACACUUAUGACAGUCCACAGUCUCACACUUACGACAGUCCACAGUCUCCUACUUACGACAGUCCAUAG